GCUUCAGUGACACGAUCGAGUAUCCGUUCUAACCGAUUUAUACCGAAGAAAUCUGUCUCAAGCGAUAACUGUCUGACAAUUUUAUUCAAGUAAUCUUUAAAUAUGGCCAAAAAGAGUGGUUUUUUAAUACUGAAUAUUAUAUAUUUUCUUUUAAAUACCACCAUCGCCUUACCAACUUUUGGACAUGUCGAACGUAAUCGUUUAGAAACUUACGAAGAUUUAUCAGAUCGUUUGACUGAUUUAGAUCUCUUCAACAAUUUAACUUUUGAAUUCUCCUGUGAGAACAAAUUAAUUGGUCUCUACGCCGAUAUCAAUUAUGAUUGUCGAAUUUUUCAUGCUUGCGAUGGAAACGGAGAAGGCUUUCCAAUGAUUUGUCCAAAUAAUACUAUCUUCGAUCAAAGACAACGAGCUUGUAGCGACAUUGAAAACGAUUGUGAACACGCUUACAAGUGGUACUAUAUCAACGAGUUACCUUAUUCCUAUGAAUUGACAGAUUUGAAUAAAGUAGAAUCGAUUGAAGAUAAUAUACCCACAGUCGUGCCACUUGCUAUAGUUUAAAAUCAAAUUGAUGUAUUAAUCGAAAACAGUGCACUAGAUUUAUUUUAAAUAAAAACAAUUAAAAAGAAAGAAUAUACGAAGAGAAUAAUAUGUAUCUUUUAUUAAUUAGUAACUCAUAAUCAAAGAGUAACAUUGACAGUCUUAAUCUCUACGAAAGAACAAUCCUUCUGGUUGUUUGAAUAUCUAUCCUACUGUGUUACAUUAUACACCAUAUUAAUAUUAAAAUACUAACGCUUACAUUACAAUUAUUACUCGAUUAUACGAGGAUCAUAAAAAAAGAUAAAUGAUAAUGCGUCACCCUCCACCAUGAAGUCCCAUGAAAAUAAAUAUAUACCUCGAAUCAACAAAACCGCAUUGACCAUUACAAUAAACGCUAAUUAUAAAGAUACGAGGUGCGAACCCAUUUUGUCAAAUUUAUUCUUAAAUUAAUCU